CAAGCAGCACCAGCAAAACCAGACGUCUCUCCACCAUCAGCAGAGCUAUACCUAGUAUCCAGCUGGAAAUGGUUUGCCCUCACUGAUCCAGAUACCUCUGGGAAAGGGAGAAACUGCAGCUACCGUGGCUGUGGGGGGCCAGCAGACUAUAAUGGAGAUGAACCUGUCGACCGUGCUUCUCUGGGGUCAUGAGUCGUGUUUUCUCUUCGCCUCUGUUUAACUCGACCACGCACACUUGCGCCCCACCCUGCCGUCACUUAUGCCUGCAGGAUCAUGGGUAGUGUCAGCAGCCUCAUCAGUGGCAACAGCCUCAACAACAAACACUGCAAGGCGUCUGAACACAGGCUAAGAAAGGGAACAAACUACCACAGGAGGACUGGAGGCCGCAACCUGGACGGAUUACUAAAAUACGGUUUCACUCAGGGGUCCACAACCUCCACUCAUUCCUCUAAAGGCCUUGCCCAUUCCCAGUCGGGACGGAGUGAGGAUUUCUUUUACAUCAAGGUGAGCCAUAAACCCAGGUCAGUGCACCACAGAGGACCAAUGGAGGACCAUGUUGCUGGAGGGAACAGAGAUGGGGAAUCAGAUGGGCGGCUGCAACCCAAACUGCUGCCUAUGAUGGGGAAAGUGACUGAAAGGUCUGCUGCUGAGAAGUCACUGGUCUGCUCCACUGCCUUCAAGUCUGUGAUUCCCAGGAGUACAUCCUCCACAGACACAGGCCAAAUCAACCUGGACCACAAUCUCAGCCCACUGGAAAAAGCAAGGAGCCCAGACAUCAGACAUAAGCAAGAUACCUUCUCAGGAACCCUCUCUGACUCUGGGCGCAACUCUAUGUCUAGCUUGCCCACCCACAGCACCAGUGGCAGCCUAAGUGCCUCCACAGGCCCUGUCACUCACAGUGUUGGCAGCUCAGCUCCGGCAAACAGCCUCAACCAGGGAGCACAACCCAAUUUCCUUCGUUGGGUCAAUGGGAAUGGUGCUAACCUCGACUCUGGCUACAGGGCGGCUUUAAACAAUGGAGGUUCAGCAUCUAAGACUAGCGGGGAUGUUGGCUCAAUGCUUUCUGCAGAGGAGCCAAACCCUCUCUCUGAAACAGCGGGUGGAAUUCGAUCGCCUAUCACGACAGAUGAGUCACUGAUUGAGCGCUUGGAACAGAGACUGAUGGAGAGGGAGUCUGAGCUGCAGGAGCUACAGGUGCCAAGCGCUCAUGUGAGCUUUGAGGAGAAGGAGGCAGACACCUGCCAGCUAUUUGAGGAGAGGCAGAGAUACUGCGCUGAGGAAAUGGAAGGGCUGAAGCAGCGCUGCUCCAUCAAGCUUCGUCAGGUUUCUCAGAUGGCUGCAAGAACCCAGCAGGCACUCCAUCUGCAGGUCAACCAGCUCCAGGCGGAGAAGGAGAGGCUUCAAGAGGACGUGUCCAAGCUGACCCGGGAGAAGGAUCUUGCUGAGGUCAGACUUAGGUCAUAUGAGACAGAGAGCACCCAGCUCGCGCCAACACUGGAGGAGACCCAGUGGGAGGUGUGCCAGAAGACAGGGGAGAUUUCCUUGUUGAAGCAGCAAUUGCGAGACUGCCAGGCGGACGUCAGCCACAAGCUGAAUGAGAUAGUCAGCCUCAGGGCAUCACUGAAGGAAAUCACGGCAAAGAUGGAGAUGCUAGAGAAACAGAACAAAGACCAUGAGGACAAAAUCCACUCUCGCACAAUAGAGGUUGAGGUGUGCCAAAAUGAACUCCACCGCAAGAAGAACGAAGCCGACUUGCUGAGGGAGAAAGUGGGCAAACUGGAAACAGAUAUUCAGGGGAUGAAACAAGAUCUGGCUAUGGCCAAAGAGCAAAGGCAUCAACAGAAUUUGAAAAUCGAAGCCCAAGCUCAGGCCCAGACCUUACAGAGACUAAACCAAGGGACAGCCUCCUCUGUCCAAGGCCAGGGAGAGGAGAACAGGGUCCAGAUCUCCACAGAUUCCCUCCAGAGAGAGGUGGAAAGACUUAAGUUGCAGCUCAGGGAGGAGAAGGAGGCUCAAGAGAGGCUGGCCAGCAGCUUCGAGCAGGAAAGGCAGACAUGGAACAAGGAGAAAGACAGGGUGAUCAAGUACCAGAAGCAGCUGCAGAUCAACUACCUGCAGAUGCACAAGAAGAACCAGGACCUGGAGCGGAUCCUGAAGGAACUGACUGCUGAACUGGAGAGCCGGACAGAGCUAGACAUGGACAUGACCUACAGCUCAGGGCUACAGACAUAUGACGAUGUUAUUGCCACGGAGAUUUGAGAGGGCAAGGGGAGCACUCACUAACACACAUGCAGUACAAAUAAGAUCGGCACCUGACUGUUCUUUCACACUGGAUGUUUAGCUGUUUGCACAUCAAACAAUUUAGGAUCACUUAGUAACAACUGGAUGGUGUCUUCUCUCCUGUUUGUUAGGUUAGAAAGGUUAUUCAGCAGAAAUAUUGCGAAAUAUUGGUGUCCUUUUAUACUGAGUAAACAUCCAGGUCACAAAAACAAAGUUAGAUUAAAAAACAAAACAAGUUUGUAAUGACACUGUUUGUACUUGUUUCAAAGUAAAUUAUUCAUAAAGGAAUAUUUUCCAAUUUUCUCACCAUUAACUCAAACAUGGUCACUCAUCAUUCAUCAGUCAUGUAUAAUUUUAUAAUUAAAAACUCCAUUUAUUAGUUGUUACUUGAUGCAAGCCAGACAAUAGAUGAUUUAUCGCCUCCAUGAUUAAUGGCUGAUGAUAAUCAAGAUGCUUCACACAUGUCUUUACCAGCAUGAGAAAUGACAGUGAUAUAUCAUCUACUCUGAUUUGAAAGUCCCAAACAAGACUUUUUUUUGGCAAUAUGCAUAUUAGUUAUGUUCGCACACUGUCAGUUCUUAAAGCUUGUACAUGGAAAACAAGCUUUUUAAAUUUUUUAAAAAGUGUAAUGUUGCGAACGCUAACAGUGAUUAUCAAUUUGGACAAAUUCUAAACUCUGUCAGCCAGUCAGUAGCAUACUGACAACCCUAAAUUUAAUCAAUUCAAGCGUGAAAAAGUCCUCAAUUUGAUAACUCAAUAUGCAAACAAAGUCAGUAGUGCAGUUAACAGAUUUUAUUAAGCCAUUUAGAGAUUUUGUCAUUCUCUGGGCAUUGAGAAAUUGAAUCAUUCUGCCAUGCACAAUGUUUUAAUGAUCAGUAACACUGUCCCAGUUCUCAGUGUAAAGCACUGCCGCUGCAUGUUUCUAUUCAGGUGUUAUAUACAGUUUUAACAGUCGCUCAUUUAGCAAGUAUCUCUUCACUGGAUGUAUAUUUUCUUUAUAAAUACAAACUUCUGUGAAGGCUUGAUUGUGGGUCAGGCUGGAAUAUAUAAAAAGUGCGGUGAGGAGAUCUUACGGCUGAUCAGAUCGUCCAAAGUGGAUUAUUCUAUGACUUUGGGCAGGGAUCAUUAAAAUACUGGUUUAAUCACAGAGUGCAUCUUGGCAGGAUUUUCUGCAAGCAAGCCACAUAUCUGAACAACACAGAGAACUGAACAUUGUUGUGGGGAGUGCCACAUUAUCAUUAUCUGCUGUUUAUUUCUAGUACAGAAUAGAUUAGUAAACACUUUUGACCGAUAACACAGGCAAACACAAAUUUUGAGUUUCACAUUGUGGUGUGCAUGUUUGUGAGUGUGUGAGUAAGAGAGCGCCUGGACGGUGUUCAAUGCAAGUAAAUAUUUUGAGAGAAAAAAAACAGGGUAUAAAAAAGGUUAGAGUCCCAGUAAUGCCUAUCUCUCUCUCUCCAGUGUCCCUCCAACUUCAUGAGAGUUAGCUGGCAUUUUUCCAGCUGGAGACAAACAAUCCUUCAUAGUAGCAGCCCAGGCCAUUUGGCUCUACUAUUUUGGAGCUAUUCCACCUCCCACAAGGGCAAAGUAGUUUGUGAAGCAAAAGUUUAACUGGUCCACCCACUCAAUACUCAGGGGCUCACACUGACUAUCAGACAACGAGACACACUGCGCUGGUCAAGACUGUGUGGCAAUCUCUGUAAUGAGCCUGCUCAAGAUUGCUCAGCCAUUCACCGCUACAUUAUAUUACCCCAGCAGGUCAGGAGAGAUUUGGAGAAAGACAGCCUAAGUGGAGCUCAGUGAUAAUGAACAACACUCAAGCUCAAGUGACAAAUAAAUGUUUUUCAGACCUAAUGUAGGGCCUGCUCACCGAAAUGUAUUCAAAUCAUGGGGAAGUAGCAAAAAUCACUUAAAACAUGUACGAAUCAAAAGUAA